GACAACCAUCUAAAACUUAAAAAUAUAUAAAAACUCAAAUGUAAAAACAUUAACUUAUUACCUAUAGCUCCUAACACUGGAGGGAAAUCCAAUGACUCAAAACCAUUUAAAUACUCGCGCAAUUGAAUUUCGUACAUUGGGAAUUUCUUCAAAUACAAAGGCCACAAACAACGCCAGACUUCAUGACAGAAAUCAAUUAGAAUGGAGCAGACAGUGCUUUAACCAAUUCCGAACAUAUUUCCAAUUGUUCGGUAUUCUGCAGAAGAGCCAAGAGCAUAUAAAGCAAUAGCAAUGCGUUUCUGUCGAUAUAGUCACAGGAACAACCAAGAACUCUGGCAAUGUUUAAAGAGAGUUUUGAGGUACCUGAAGGGGACUAUUGAUUCGAAAUUAGUAUUUAAGAAAUAUACUAAUUAUGAUAAUUUCUUAAUUGGUUAUGUAGACUCAGAUUGGGGUGGUAGUGAGAGUGAUAGAAGAAGUACAACAGGAUAUUUAUUUAAAAUGUUUGAUUCAAAUGUAAUUUGUUGGAAUACGAGAAAACAAAACUCCGUGGCUGCUUCAUCAACUGAAGCAGAAUAUAUGGCUUUGUUUGAGGCGGUUAGAGAAGCAUUGUGGCUUAAAUCGUAAAUGAAGAGUUUAAAAAUUAAAUUGAAACAACCAAUUAAAUUAUUUGAAGAUAAUCGGUGUUGUAUAAGUAUUGCUAAUAACCCCUCUUGUCACAAACGAUCUAAACAUAUUGACAUAAAAUAUCAUUUUACUAGAGAACAAAUUGAAAAUAAACUAAUACAAAUUGAAUAUAUUUCCACAGAUAAACAGAUAGCAGAUAUUUUAACAAAAACACUUCCAGCUCCACGCUUUAUUAAUCUGAGAUGCCAAAUGGGUUUGACUGACUAAUAUACAUACCUGAGGAUAUUGCUGAUAUAUGAAAACAGAUUGAAAGGAAGGAUAUUUAUGUGCAUAAAUCAUAGAUUUUAAUCCAAAUUGCUACAUUAAUAAAUUUCCAAUUUAAUUUAAGUGUAUAAUUUUUCAUUACUGGUCUGAUUAGGUUUUUCUGGGUUUUUCCUAAUCCUUGCAACGAAUGUUGGACCAAUAUGUAUUCCCAGCUACUGUCAAGCUUGUCGCAUCUGUAGAUUUAAGUAACUGAGAUUGAAUUUAUUUAUUGGUAAUGGAAAUGUAAAUGAUUUUAUCUUUGAAUACCAAAUUAUAAACAUUGCUAUGAAUAUUGUUUUUGAGGAGGUGUGUUGGCAAUCCAUGCAUGUGAAGCUCUAAAUUGAAGAAACAUGGCAACCCAUGCAUGUGAAGCUAUGUUAUACCAAUGUUGGUAAACAUUGGAUAAUGCAAUAAUUAGUUUGAAUUUCAUAAGCAAAAUACAAUAAGGGUAUUCGUUUAAACGUGUAAAAGCCCCGUAAACCUCUUAAACCGUGUAUAUUUACGAAUGCGUAAAAAUCUGGCAGCAACUUAUAUGGAAAUUCAUUUAAACACAUUACGCACCAAUGUCAGUGUGUAAAGAACGCUUGUAAAUUUACGAUAUUGCAAAAGCAACCCUUCCAAACGACCAGCUGAUGAAUAUUAUUGUCAAAAUUAAAAUGGAAAAGGAUAAAAAGUUAAGGCAAAAGCGCCUACGGCUGAAACCGUCCCAUCGCUGGACAGAGUCGCAGUCCCUGCAGCUGUUGCAAGCAGUAUCCGACGCAAUUAAAGAUAGUCCAGAAUCUUUUGAGAAACCGACCUCCCAAAGGUUUUACGAAAAAUUGCAGCAAAAUACACCGGCACUUCAAUCUGUCCUUUGCGUAGCUAUGAAAAGCAAAAUGAGGUAUCUCAAAGCGUUGUACGUUGCCGCGGCAGCCUGGAAAAACAAAACUGGGUCUGGACUACUCGCUAAUGGUGACGAGUCAAGCGUAUCAGCGCAUGUCAACAAAAUUUGUCCCAACUUUGACUUACUGGAAGUUAUCUUCGGGCAACGCAAAAAUGUAAAUCCCGGAGUAAUUUUUGAAAGCACUGACAGCAUUGAAGUACUGACUGAUUCCCCUUGUGCUGAUAGUUCGUUAAACGAUACCAUCGAUUCCUACGACUUGUGUGCGCUCGAUGCACUGUGGUCUGAAAUUCAAAUUUUUUGGCAUAAAUUAGAAGGAGUGGUACUAGGCAAUUGAAAUUUCGCAUACAGGUUAUAUAUGACUUAGUUAAGAAAAAUUCCAAGAAUGGAUGAAAUCGGUCAUUCUCCAGGGGUACCUCCCUUGGACCUAUAGUAAAAAUUUUUGAAUUUCAGCUCCAAAAAUUGCGAUAUCUUCACGAAAAUUGGUAAAUAUGUUAUUCUUGUAAUACGCAUCGACGAUACCAAAAAUAUUUGAAAUCGGCCAGUCCCUAGGAAUACCUCCCUUGGACCUAUACUAAAAAUUUGGUUUUAUAAAAUGAAAAAUUUGCAUAUGAUAGGCAAAAGUGGUCAAAUAAUUUUAUUAUCCGAAUAUUUAUACACAUGUUUUUACUGAAACAAUUAUUUUUAUAAUAACAUUUACUGUACAUCUGAAAUGAGAGAGAAGUUACAGAAUUAUUAAAUUCACUUGAAUAUAAUAUAAAAAGUUAUAUGUACCAAGCAAAUCAUUCGAAAUCACAGUCUUCCGUAUCUAAAACUAAAGCGUUCUCCACAACGUCUGCUUCCGAUAUAUCGGAAUCAGAAUUAUCCGAAUCGUAUUCAGAUCCCCCUGGCAAGUGGUUGCAAAUUUGCAGCUCACUUGAAGGUGUAAGCAAUUGUAUUACUUCUUCUGGUAGCUUCUUUCUUUUCCGAUAUUUUUCUCUAGCGGAGAAAGACAAGCUUGAAAGAAGGGGGUCUGAAGAAUCCAUUGCUCUAUUGAAAACAUCAGUCAUAUUAUUUUUUCUUGUAUUUUAUCUUGCAUGUGCGUUGCGAUCUCUCUUGUAUAAUUUAUUUCGAGCUUCUGACGCAUUUUCACCAAAACAACCAACAGGCAUUACGCAAUUUUGUAUAAUCUGUGAGCCGUGAACAAAUUGUUUAUGAACUGUUGCUGACAUUGGAAACCAUAAAUAUUUUUCCAUGUACAAGAAGGCAGUUCUUUUGCAAAAAUCUUCAAACUUUGUGUUAUCUAUAGGAUACUCGCAGGAAAUAGCAAUUAAUAUUACUCUAAAGUUAUUCAAAAUUUCUAUAUCAAUAUUUGUAAUUAAAGAAAAGAGUUCCAAAUUGUUAAAUGCUUUCCUGGCAGUAUUGCCGUUAUUUGAUGUUCUACUACCAUUUGCUUUAUAGCGCCCAUACACGAGCACACAAGUGCGUUCGAUCGGUAUGAAUUCGUUUGCCCAUACACGACACACAAAUCCAUUUUGCGUUCGUUCUUCACAGAGUUAACAUGUGCGACAGGCAAGCGGAACAUUUCUUGGAAUUUAUUUCUAAUGUAGCAUUUUUAUCUAUUUAAUUGUAUUUCGUUAAUAAGUUAUUCCAACUUUUAUUUUUCUUACACUAUGUAUAUGUAUGAGCGCUUAGGCAAAAAGCGAAAACUUUGAAGCGUUAUUUCUCGGUUUUUCAUUUUUACGAUUAUUCUUAAUUGGCGGGCAGGAUAGAAAAAAAUAAACGUCGUAUGGAAUUAGGGCAAAGUUUAUUAUCAUUGACAUAAAAUUAUCUUAUACUUAAACUAAAAAAAUAUUAAGAAAAGUCAAGUUUUAAUUGUAUAUUUUUAAACAGCAUAAAAUAAAAUUCUUUUGAAAAGCCACUACUUAUUCAAUUUUUAAUAAAAUUUUAAAUUUUACACUUUUUUUUGGAAUUUUCUUAGUUUAACUAGAAGAUAAAUUAAUAAAAAAUAUGAAUCUCUUUGAAUUUUUUGUUUCCGAUAGAAAUUGCGACCUGCAUCCUGCCCGCCGUCCGAAAAAUGUACAUGCGAGAUGCAUCGGGUAAUUGCUUCCCAAAG